AUGCCGCGCACCUCCUCAAGACAGACCCGCCUUCCCCGAGGGCAGGUCGGCAUCCAGAGCUUCGCAAGAGCGACCAAACCAGGCUCCUCAACGCUGCAAGACACUAAAAAAGCUGCUGCUGCACAGCUCCCCGUCUCGCCUUCCAAGAAGAGAAAACUCAAUGAGCUCGAAAACGUCGACUGCGCCGCAGGGGAGCCCCGCCAGACCACCAUCCCGGAAGAAGCUGGCACGCCUUCCAAAACCCUCCGCUUCAGUCAAUUGUCUGUCUCGACGCCCCGGAGCGGUCACUAUGCGUGUUCGAAGCCUGAGGCGUCACCUGCGCCUGCGCCGCCCUCCUCCCCUUCGAAGCGUGGCGGUGCCAGAGCCAAACGCUCCAGCAGUCCGAUUGUCGUGGAGCGUCCGGCUUGUGUGGGGGAAUUCUUGGGGCUGCAUUCGGCUUUUCUGAAGGCGCUGGCGAUUCACUCUGCGCAUAAUGGGGCAACGACCGCGGCGGAUCUGCGGGAAUUUCUUCAUGCGGUCGAGCGGGUGUGGAAGAAGCGGAAGGUUGUGGUUAAGGAUCUACAGCGGUUGAUAUGGGCUUGGGAGCAGGGAGAUGAGGGCAAUGGUCCGAAGUACCGGCUUGCGAAUUACGGGCUUGGGAAGGUGUGUUUGGAACGGGUGGCUGUCAAUAGAGAACGGGUGGAUCGGUUCGACGAAAGGGAGUUACAAGAGCGAUUCGAGCAGGUUGUGGACCUGCUGUGGGAGAAGGCUGUGGAUGCGGCUGAUGGGGAUGAGAGCCGGGUGGAUUUCUUCGAGACGCUGGGCGUCUCACCCGUGCACGAGUCUCUUACUCCCUUUACGGCGUUUCGAAAGGGCCAGCAGCGGCUGCAGGAUUUGAAGGGUGGAGUGAUCAAGUUAAAGACUGAGAAGCUGCGAGCGGACUCGCAGCCCGAGAUCCCGGCCAAGCCGCUGAAUGCGACGACCACGCGCCGGAAGGGGCUUCUGGAGCGGAUUAAGAGCAAGGAACUCCUUCAGUCGAAGUUGCCGCCGCCGCCGUCGAAGGAAACGCUGCUUCGGCGCGCGGCUGCUGAACGCGCAGAGGAAGUCGUCGCCGUCCUGGCUUUGCUUCGGCCUGUUGGGUAUGUGGGCAGCGGGCCGAAAGCUGUUCUGGCUGCCCAGAAGAAACCGUUCCAGUUGGAGAUGAUUGUGCAGAACGUUCAGGACUCUCUACGGAACCCAAUAUCAUCAAGGGAGGUGGAAAUGUGUGUGGAACUUUUGGCUCGACCAGACAUUGCUGGACAAUGGAUUGAAGUCGUUGCCGUGAAUCAAAUCAAGUCGGUGGUGCUGAAGUCUUGUGCCAGUGUUCAUCCCAAGGAGAUCAGUGCUAAGGUCAGCAAGUUGGAAUUGGAUUAG